CAAAUUUUAAAAAAUGGCAACUUGUGGAGACAUUACCGAGUCUAAGGCAAACAGCGAUGAGAUUGACAACCUUGCUCGAUUCGCUGUCGAGGAACACAAGAAGAAGCAGAAUGCAGAGGUGGAGUUUGGGAAGGUGGUGAAUGCAAAGGAGCAGGUAGUGCAGGGUAUGAUAUACUACAUCACAGUUGAAGUAAAUGAAGGCGGCGAGACCAAAACUUAUGAAGCCAAGGUCUGGGUUAAGCCAUGGGAGAACUUCAAGGAAUUGCAGGAGUUCAAACUUGUCUGAUGCUGCAACUGAACUUCCA